AUGGGAAAUCGCUGUGCUAGAACUCCUUCUUGUAGAAAGUUAUGGUCACGUAUAUGCUGCUGCUGCAGCAACAUCAACAAAUACAACGGUCAAGCAAAAAGCCACCAUGGUUCCAAAGGUUUGGUCUAUCCUGUAACCAGAAUCGAAAUAUGGGAAGAAAAAAUCACAGAAGCUAAAACCAAUGGCAAGAUUCUAGUGGUGAAUUUCAACGUUUCAUGGUGUGUGCCUUGUAAAAAGUUAGAACCAAUCUUCAGAGAACUUGCUUCUAGAUACCCUUCAAUGAUAUUUGUAACCAUUGAUGUUGAAGAGCUCGCUGAGUUUAGUAAUGAAUGGAAUGUGGAGGCUACACCAACUAUAGUGUUCCUUAAAGAUGGGAGACAGAUUGAUAAACUAGUUGGUGCAGAAACAUCAGAGCUUCAGAAGAAAACAGCUGCAGCUGCAGAUCUCUAA